UUUAUAAAUAAUUAAAAUUAAAAAUGGCUGUCAGAUGGAUCUUAUUACUGUUAAUGUGGUUUGUUUACGCUUCCGCUCAAGAUGACGACUCGUUAGCUGGAAGUUUUUUGUCAGGGUUGCUAGAUUCAUUGGCAGAUACGGCUAAUAGCGCGGAUUGUCCAGGAGUUUGUGUCCAUGCUUUGGCGACACUAAUAUGUGACAAAGUUCUUGAUGAGGUCCAGUGCCCAACUUCUAGCAUGAGAUGUUGCGUGAACGAGCCAGCUAAUGGAACGGAUGGUUCCGUGUCUGAGAACGACAUUGAGGGAAUCGCAAUAACUAGCACCACCUUCAAGGAAAUACCGCCGACGACGACGACCACCACCACUACCACCACACCUGUACCGACUACUGUUUCAACUACGACCCCUGCUCCAAUAACGUCGAUAACGACAGUGUCUACCACUCAAUCGAAUGGCCAUAAAAAUGCCAGUGACAAGACAGUCCCCAAAUGUUCUGGUGUUUGCAUCGAAGCCAGGAUUGCUAACUACUGCGAAGCGAUAGUCAAUAUCGACAGUCUCUGUAAACCUGAACACCGCUGCUGCGUAUCCCGUGACUCCUUCGGCAACAAUCCUCCUCCGGAGUUUUACGUUAUUGAUAGAUCCAAAACAGCUAAAAAUACCACCCAGACCUCAGCCCGUCCAGAAGAAAAAUACGCUGAAAAAUCUACAAGUACUGUGACUCCAGCGACUCAAUACACAACCACAGCAAGACCCAAACCAGCUCCAAGAAAGCCUUGCAGAGGAGAGUGUGUCAACGGGUUAUUCGCUUUGUUCUGCGAGAACCAUGAUCACGAGGCUGAAUGUCCUUCUGACGGAACUUGCUGCAUCACUGAUGCUCCAGCAAAGGUAGAAGUAAAAACCACGACUACUCCAAGACCUACAACGAGACCUCCUCCGCCAAAGUUACCUCCUUGUCGCGGAUUUUGUUUGCUGACAAUUAUGGCUGCGUUUUGCGAAAGACCGAAUACUAUUAUUGGAAGAACUUCUACUUGUCAGAGCGGAUAUGUAUGCUGUGAUGAAAGCAACGCACCUGCUCAUACUCCUAGACCUAGGCCAAGACCUUCUACGACUAGAGCGCCGACAACUACUGUUUCUAUGCCUCCAGAUCCAAGGCCAGAGUGUCCUGGAUCUUGUAUAGUUUCUUAUUUAUCUUUUACGUGCUUCCGAAACGCUGAACUUACCAAUAUAUUCAAGUGUAAAAAAUUCGGCCACCAGUGUUGCGCACCAAAAUCUCUCAUCCGGGAAUUUCAGCAUGGAAAUUCCACUGAUACUAUUUCAAAUAAAAAUGACAGCUUCAUUGCUUCACGUCCUUACACUUCAACUCUUCCUACUCCAUACGAAACAACAAUGACAACACCAAUGACAACUACCACGCAAAUACCCAGCACAAAGAGCCCGAUUUACAGUAAAUAUGUCUGCGGAGUAAAAGGAACUUCGCGAGGUCCCAUACAAGCGAGAGGAAUACUCCGAGACGGCCGCGUUGUCGGAGGCGAGGACGCUGAUGCCAAUGAAUGGUGUUGGCAAGUAGCUCUUAUCAAUUCUUUGAAUCAAUAUUUAUGUGGUGGAGCUCUUAUCGGCACUCAAUGGGUCCUAACAGCCGCUCACUGUGUCACUAACAUUGUCAGAUCAGGUGAUGCCAUUUACGUGCGCGUUGGAGAUCAUGAUUUGACAAGGAAAUAUGGAAGCUCAGCAGCUCAGACUUUGAGAGUAGCUACUACUUAUAUUCACCAUAACCACAACAGUCAAACGCUGGACAAUGACAUUGCAUUGUUGAAACUUCACGGACAAGCGGAAUUAAAAGAUGGCGUUUGUUUAGUUUGCUUACCUGCCAGAGGGGUCAGUCAUACUGCUGGGAAGAGAUGUACGGUUACUGGAUAUGGAUAUAUGGGAGAAGUGAGGUUUAAAUUAUACUUUACCGGACAAAUUUUUGAAAAAAUAAAAUUUUUAAAUGUUAGUAUUUGUUCAGAGUCUUACGAGAAAGUCAGACGUUUGCAUGACAUAGUUACUCCAAGGUUGCUAGUUAUUAAUAUAUAUCAGAAUAAUAAAAUUUUUCAGGGUGAUGGAGGAGGUCCACUAGUUUGUCAAGACGACGGAUUUUACGAACUAGCUGGUUUAGUCUCCUGGGGAUUCGGAUGUGGCCGAGUAGACGUACCUGGUGUUUACGUGAAAGUAUCUGCUUUCAUCGGUUGGAUCAAUCAAAUAAUAUCCGUUAAUAAUCUUUAG